AGAAGGACGGCUCCUACCGAACCCGGGACCAACUCACUUCCAAAUGGAGCCACAUCAACAAAAAAGUACGAAAGUUUAUGGGAGUACACGAGGAAUGCUCCCGGUCCCGGAGGAGCGGCAUGAACGACGCUGAUGUUCUCCGGCUUGCCACGACCCGGUAUCAAGACGACGGGAACCAAGGCAAGGUGCCCAUCGAUCUUUGGGGGAUUUUGAGUCGUUCCCCGAAGUGGAAACAACUCAACAAUCCCGACGGCGGAUCAUUGCGGAAAAGAUCCACCGUCGACGCCGAGGUUGAGAUCGACGAGACUAUCGGUUCUACCGAUCAAAUCCCUCCCUUCAACGUUGCGGAUUCCGAUGACGAGGACCCCAUUCCACGGCCGAUCGGAAGAAAGAAGGCAAAAUCCAUUGCCUCUGGUUCGGGAGGGUCUGCCUCUGUUUCCGCUUCUCCCCGCGACGAAAUCGGCCGGGAAAUGAUUGAACAACUUCGGGCGUUCAAUCUCCAAGAACAAGAGAGGUUGAAGCUAAAGGAGAAGGAGUUGAAGCUAAAGGAGCAGGAAGCCGAGAUGAAAGUCAUGCAAACCGACCCCGGGACGUUGUCGGAGUUUGGACGAAUGAUCUAUGAGCAAAGAAUGAGAGAGAUCAAGGAGAAAUAUAAUUUACCUUAGUUUUUUUAUUAAUGUAUCUUUUUUUAAAUUAUUGACGCUUUUUUUAUUUAAUGAAUGUAUUUUUUUAUUAUUCGUGUUUCAAUUUAAUUAAAUAAUAAAUUAAUUACAUUUUAUUAAUUUAAUUUUAAAAGAUGUAUAUUUAAAAAUGUAAAAAAUGAAGGUUUGAAGCCCAG